CAGCCCCGCGUUACACGUCCGCUCCUACCUGCGACCGCCGACUCUCGCGUCAACUAGUCUUCCAGUUUGACUCUUCUCAGCACGCUUGUUGAUCAUGAACGAUGAUCAGGUUAAAGUUUCGUGUUACAUUUUUUCAGUGCGUACAACUUUCCUAGCGCCUUUUAUUUCAAUACUGCCGUGAAAUAAGUAAACUGCUUACACGGACACGUUCAGCCACACCCCUUCUUAUUACAGGGGACUUACAUAGACGUAUUGUUGAUUCCCAAAAAAUGUAACGCCAAUGUGUGACAGCAAGAACGAACUGUAUUUAUGGUUGAAUAUUUUCUGCAGGAAGAGAUGCAACCUGAGCAGUGUAUAAGGGCGGUCAACCGCAGCAGCCUCGCGAUGCGCUUGCCGCCAUGAGACCUGCAGCUGCAGCGCCCCUGCUCGCCAUGGCCAUCAACAUUGUGCUCUGCAACUUCACCACCACAGACCCCACGACGUGGCCCCAGCAGCUGCACCACCACCACCACCACCACCAACACGACUGGGGGCCCCACGUGGAGAGCUCGGAGGCGGGCAACGUCAGCGUACGGAUCGGGCAGACGGCCACCCUCGACUGCCGCGUGCAGCUGCUACACGACAAAACGGUGUCGUGGGUGCGGCGGCGGCCCGGCUCUGAGGAGCUGCAGCUGCUGACGGUGGGCCGGCAGACGUACUCUGGGGACGAGCGGUACGCCGUCAACUUCCAGUACCCGGACAACUGGAGGCUCACCGUGAGCGACGCGCGGCCCGCCGACCAGGGCGACUACGAGUGCCAGGUGUCCACGCACCCACCCCGCACCCUGCGCUACAGCCUACUCGUCACAGCACCCGAGGUGGAGAUCGUGGACGAACGCGGCCGACCGCUGAGCGACAAGUACUACGAGCCGAACAGCACCAUCCAGCUGUCGUGCGUAGCGCGCCGCAGACAGGCUAUAACCUGGAGGCACGGUGACGUCACUCUAAACUACGGAACCUCGAGGGGAGGCAUCAGCGUGCGGACAGACCUGACGCCAGCGGGCGCCCACAGCUCCCUGCUGGUGGCGCGAGUCAGCAGCGGAGACGCCGGGAACUACACGUGUGCCGUCUCGCCAUCAGAGUUCGCCACUGUCACCGUGCAUGUGCUCGACGGAGAGCGGCCAGCGGAGCUUCACCUGGGUCACAGCCAGCGAGUCUCCACUGGUGGUGGUCUGCUGCUACUGCUGGCUUUGGUCCUGGGCAUCUGCAGCUAAGGACCGGCCGCUCCAGUCGCAACCGAAGAAGGUGGCGUUCUCGAUAAAUAUACCACGCCACGCAACUACUACUGCAGGCCUCGAUUGUGUCAUGGGAUACUGUGGACGGCGCUAGGUUGUUUAUAGGCGUGGGUUGCAGGGAAGGUGGCUGCUACUGGACCAGAGUACACAGUGCAUCUGUCGUUCAGAUUCGAUUCCAAAUCUGAAACGUGCUGCUGUCACUGGGAUCAUAAGUCAUCAGUGAAGAAAGUAGGGAAUGGUCUGCUUGGCUACAGCAUUCUGGGGAAUGAACGGUGUUUACUGCAGUGGAAGGAAAACGUCAAAUCCUUUGGUACAUCUGCUACAUGGUUGCUAUGUUAAUUCAUGAAGAAGAGUACACGUUAUUCAGCUGAAGGCAG